AUGGUCAACCUUCGCUCGCAAAAGCGGCUCGCCGCCUCCGUCGCAGGCGUCGGCAAGCGCAAAAUCUGGCUGGACCCCGCCGAGCAGGCUGAAAUCGGAAACGCCAACUCCCGCACGCACGUCAAGAAGUUGAUCAAGGAUGGUCGGGUCAUCAUCAAGCCUACCGUUGUCCACUCGCGGGCACGUACCCGUGCUCUGUUGGCGGCGAAGCGAAAGGGUCGUCAUAUGGGCCCCGGUAAGAGGAAGGGUACGGCGGAGGCCCGGAUGCCGACCAAGGUUCUGUGGAUGCGGAGGCAGCGGGUGUUGCGUCGGUUGUUAAGAAAGUACAGGGAGGCGGGCAAGAUCGACAAGCAUCUGUACCACUCGCUCUACCAGAAGUCCAAGGGUAACGUCUUCAAGAACAAGCGUGUAUUGAUGGAGUACAUCCACAAGGCCAAGGCCGAGAAGACCCGUACCAAGGUCCUUACCGACCAGAUGGAGGCCCGCCGCACCAAGAACAAGGCUGCCCGGGAGCGUCGCGCUGCCCGUACGCUCGAGAAGAGACAGGCUAUUUUAGCUGUGGAGCACGAGGCACCCGUCCAGGAGUAA